UGCUGACAGCGGGGUUUUAAUGAUUAAAAACCUGCCGGGACCUGAUGAAAUUACAUGAACGCGCGGAACGGCUCACAGCCCGCAGCGCCGCCGUCUUCCGGUGGGGUUGAACGGCUCUCUGCCUGCCGGGGCCGCGGAGGAACCACGACGCUUUGAGACCCUCCUGAUGGGAUUCCGAGUCGUCGCUGGACGGGGGGACCUGAAGGGUGGGCUCGUUGUAAAUAAUUAAAAGAAGCCCCCUCAUCUGCUGCCGAGCGGGAGGAAGAAUGCAUCUGCACCAGGUGCUGACGGGCGCCGUGAACCCCGGGGACUGCUGCUACUCGGUGGGGAGCGUCAACGACACUCCGUUCACGGCCUACGGCUCAGGUUGUGACGUAGUGAUCCUGGCGUGUGACUUUGACUGUGUUCAGAUCAUCCCUGGAGCUCAGAAUGGAAACAUACAGGUGGGCUGUGUGGAGUGUUCCCACCAGCUGGGCAGGAUUGCUGCAUCUUACGGAAACACAGUCUGCAUCUUUGAACCUCUUUCUACCAACCCAAAUCAACGACACAAGCAACUUAACUAUCAGUGGCAAAAGACAGGACAGUUCUUUCUUGAUGCCAUCACCUACAACCUGGCCUGGGACCCACAAGGGAAUCGUAUCCUGGCAGCGACGGAGCGACUCCAGCUGUGGGCUCCUCCACUGACAGAUGCCCUGAUAGAAGAGGAGGAUGGGCAGAUGAUGGAGGACAAAAACCAUCCUGUCCUAAAUGACUGGACCUGUGUCUGGCAGUGCAAGACCGCCGGGUCUGUUCACGUUGCCAAGUGGUCUCCUGAUGGGGAGUACUUUGCAACACUUGGAAAGGAUGACUGUUUACUCAAAGUGUGGUACCCCACCACCGCCUGGCGCUCUGCAGUGGUGGUCCAGGACCUGUCUGAUAAAAAGCCCCCUCCUGUUCACUUCUCCUUCGUGUAUUUGGCCCAUCCUCGCUCAGUCACCGGCAUGUCCUGGAGGAAGACCAGCAAGUACAUGCCAAAGGGUUCUGUGUGUAACGUUCUGCUGACUUCCUGUGAGGACGGCGUGUGCAGGCUGUGGUCUGAAACCCUGUUACCAGAGGACAGUCUUCUUGGAGGACAGAUCACUGAGAACACACACUCGUUCAGCUCCAGCCUGCCAGGCUUGGCGGGAAACAAGGACAAGAUCCAGCAUGCUUUGGAGUCGAUCCACCACCUGAAGCAGCUUCGCCGGGGUCGGCGGCGGUCCUCGGCUCUGGUGGCUCACAGCGAGCUGCUGCCGUCCCAGCUGGGCACUCAGGACGCUCACACUCACCGCCACAUCGCUCACCACGCCAAUGCGCUGUGUCACUUCCACAUCUCAGCCAGCAUUAACCCAAACACAGAUAUCCCACCAAGUCUGGCUGACUCCACAGUCUUUAACCCCGAGGAUGGGAGCGGUGGGGGGGGCUUCGUGGUUCACUGGCUCAACAAUAAGGACCUCAGCUUUACCUCCUCCAUGGACCUUUUUAUGAUGCAGCUCCGUAAGUUCACCGAACAGCAGCUGGAACAGACCACCGAGGACCCUCUGGAUCCUGAAGGAUCCCCCAUGAAGUUCGACUUCGACCUGGACGAGAUGUCUGACAAGGCAUCGUCGGAGCCCGGGGAAGAGGCGGAUUCAGGAGAGCAGGGGAGCACCAAGGCCUCCUCUCCUGGGUCCAGCUCCAGCAUGCCUCUCCCCUCCAUGCUGCUGGAGAGGAGGAUGGAGACCCUGACCACCGAGUGGAACAAGAGCCCCGACAUGCUGUUCACCAUACACCCCACUGAUGGCUCCUUCCUGGUCUGGCACAUCAAGUACCUGGAUGAGUUCAACCAGGGGAUCUUCAGACAGGUUCAGGUGUCCUUCUCCUCGCGCAUUCCCGUAGCGUUUCCUACGAGUGACGCCAACUCUCUGAGUAAAAACAUCCUGAUGUACGCCUCCACCCUGACUGAGGGCGAGAGCGCCGGCACGGGCGAGCAGGGCCGAAUGGUCCAACGAGUGUCCCGCUCUGCUUCCAUCUCAGCCAGCCUGGGUUCAACCGCCRUCUCCCCGUCGCCGAAGCUCCGCCCCGGCAUCAGUCCUGCCGUCAUGAUGGUCUCCAAACAUGUGGACGGAUCUCUGAACCAGUGGGCCGUGACGUUCGCCGAGCGCUCCGGCUUCUCCAACGUUCUGACCGUAUCGCACAAGAUCCGUUACUGCGGCCACCGUUUCCACCUGAACGACCAGUCGUGUCACACGGUGCUGCCGCUGCUGCUCACCUCCUCCCACCACAACGCUCUGCUCACCCCGCCCUCCGCCCCCAGCAGCAUGGACGGAGAGCAGCCGCCCACCUUUCCUCUGCCCAAAGGACUUCCCAGGAAACGACUUCGAAACUCCGCUACACGGACCUUCCACGACCCCAACGCCAUUUACAGCGAGCUGAUUCUGUGGCGGGUGGACCACAUCGGUCCUCUGUCCUGCACCGGAGGGGUCUCUGAACUGGCCCGCAUCAACUCUUUGCACACGUCUGCCUUCAGCAAUGUUGCUUGGCUGCCUACUCUGGUGCCCAGCUCUGUCCUGGGAACCUACUGUAACAGCUCCAGUGCCUGCUUCGUGGCAUCAGAUGGUAAAAACCUGCGACUCUAUCAAGCUGUGGUUGAUGCCAGAAAACUACUGGAUGAGCUGUCAGACCCUGAAACAUCUAAACUGGUAGGUGAGGUGUUCAACAUUGUGAGCCAGCAGUCCACUGCCAGACCUGGAUGUAUCAUCGAGUUGGACGUCAUCACGAACCAGUGUGGCUCCAACACUCAGCUGCUGCACGUCUUCCAGGAGGAUUUUAUUUUAGGUUACAAACCUCAGAAAGAACCAGAGGCCUUCACACCAGCCUUUCCCACUGGAGAAGAUUUUCAACCUGCUCCAUUUUCUGAGAAGUUCUUCCUGGUGGUGAUAGAGAAGGAUCUGAACAGGAACUCUGUCCUGCAGAUGUGGCACCUGCACCUGCAGUCUGUGCAGGCCUGUGUCGAUGAGCCCAGUCAACAUUUUAACUUCCAGAGUCAGCUGAUGGUUCCUAAUCAAGCCCUGAAUGCUGACUCGUCUCCGGAGACGUCUCCCAUCAGACCUCUGCCGCGCUCAGCGUCUUCAGCUAACUUACAGUCAGCAAGUAAGCUGAUCCUCAGCUCCAAGCUGGUGUACAGCAGGAGGCUGGAGCUGCCCCACGGGGUGGAGGUCACCAGAGCUACGCCCUCUGCAGGUCACCUGAGCUCCUCCUCCAUCUACCCCGUGUGCCUCGCUCCCUACCUGAUCGUCACCACCUGCUCCGACUCCUACGUGAGGUUCUGGCGCUGCUCCGUGGAGGGAGACGACGGCGGUAACGAGGAGAACCAGGACAGCCGGGCGUACCGCUGGGAGCCCUGGGUUCUGAUGAACGAGGAGGAGGACAACAACAGUUCUGUGUGCGUGUCGGGUCGACCCGUCGCUGUGUCCUGCUCCUACAUCGGCAGGCUGGCUGUGGCCUUCAAACAGCCUCGCCACGGACAGCUGCAUGGCUCUGUAGAGGACUUCUCCAUGAAUGUGUCCAUCUAUGAGUGUGAGUCCACCGGUGGCUCUGAGUGGGUUCUGGAGCAAACUGUCCACCUGGACGACUUCGUCAGACCCUCAUCGACUCUGGAUCCAAGAGUCAGCGUGGAUUCCAACCUGUUUGUGUACAGCAGGUCUGACCUGUACAUGAGCAGAGACCACAGCUCCCCCAACAUUAAGCACUUCAUCCACCUGGACUGGCUGUCCAAAGAGGACGGGUCCCACAUCCUCACCGUCGGGGUGGGCUCCAACAUCCUCAUGUACGGACGCAUCUCAGGGGUGGUCAGUGAGCAGACCAGCAGCAAGGAGGGCAUGGCUGUCAUCACUCUCCCUCUAGGGGGCAGCAUCAAACAGGGGAUCCGGUCCCGCUGGGUCCUGCUGCGCUCCAUAGACCUGCUGUCGUCCGUGGAUGGAACGCCGUCGCUGCCGGUGUCCCUGUCCUGGGUGAGGGAUGGAAUCCUGGUGGUGGGCAUGGACUGUGAGAUGCAUGUGUACGCCCAGUGGCACCAGGACAAGAAGCCCGGCGAGGGAGAAGAGGGCAACCUGUCGUCUGCAGACAUCGCUGGAGGUCAAACCACCGGCUCCUCCUCGGUCCUCGAGGGGAGAGCCCGGUCCAAGAGUGUGUUCGAAGGCAGCGCUGGGAUGGACGAAGCCCUCCGAGCCCCCGCAGGACUACAAGAAGGGGGACUGUUUGAAGCYGCUCACUCCCUGUCCCCGACGCUGCCGCAGUACCAUCCAACCCAGCUGCUGGAGCUCAUGGACCUGGGCCGGGUCCGCCGGGCCAAGGCCAUCCUCGCUCACCUGGUGAAAUGCAUCGCUGGAGAGGUAGCCGUGGUGAGAGACAUGGAGGCGGGUGAGGGUGGAUCAAGGAGACAUCUUUCCCGGACAAUCAGUGUGACUGGCAGCACGGCGAAGGACACUAUGGUGGCCGGCCGCGACGGGGGCAGGGACUACACUGAGAUCAACUCUAUCCCUCCUCUUCCUCUCUACGCUCUCAUGUUGGCCGACCUGGACACCUCCUACAAGGGAGCAGAAGAGACCACUAAGGUCCCCAAGGUGUCUGAUGGUGACGCAACCCACAAGUCCUCAGAGGACCAGUACGCCGAUCUCUUCCAGGUGCCAACAGUUACCACUGAUGACUUUGUGAACUUUGCUACUGAUAAACCAGAGAAGAAAUCCAGAGUUAUUAACCUCUCCCAGUAUGGACCCACUUACUUUGGACCAGAACAUGCUCAGGUUAUGUCCAGUCAUCUGAUGCACUCCAGCCUUCCAGGACUGACCAGGCUGGAGCAGAUGUUCCUGGUUGCUUUAGCAGACACCAUCGCAACCACCAGUGCUGAGGUCACCAGCUCCACCGAUCAGCAGUACACAGGUGGCGAGGCUCUGGAUGAGUGUGGACUGAGGUACCUGCUCGCCAUGCGGCUGCACACCUGCCUGCUCACCUCUCUGCCCCCGCUGUACCGCAUGCAGCUGCUGCACCAGGGGCUCUCUACGUGCCACUUUGCCUGGGCCUUCCACUCCGAGGCAGAGGAGGAGCUUCUGAACAUGAUUCCUGCCAUGCAGAGAGGCGACGCCCAGUGGUCCGACCUCAGAGCCGUGGGGGUGGGCUGGUGGAUCCGCAACAUCAACACGCUGCGCAAAAUGGUGGACAAGCUGGGUAAAGCUGCGUUCCAGAGGAACAACGACCCCUUAGAUGCUGCUCUCUUCUACUUGGCCAUGAAGAAGAAGGCCGUCCUGUGGGGACUCUUCAGGUCUCAGCAUGAUGAGAAGAUGACUCAGUUCUUUAAGAAUAACUUUAGUGAGGACCGCUGGAGGAAGGCGGCUCUGAAAAAUGCCUUUUCCCUGCUGGGAAAGCAGCGCUUUGAGCAGGCUGCUGCUUUCUUCCUGUUGGCUGGUUCCCUUAAAGACGCCAUAGAGGUUCUGAUGGAAAAGAUGGAGGAUCUCCAGCUGGCCAUGAUUGUAGCUCGACUGUACGAAGCGGACUUUGAGAAGUCGCCCACCUGCCAAGGCCUCCUUUAUGAGAAGGUUCUGGGCUGCAACAGGGACGGCAGCGGUUACCACUGUUCCAGACUGCACCCCGACCCGUUCCUGCGCAGCAUCGCCUACUGGAUCAUGAAGGAUUACACCCGAGCCCUGGACACCCUGUUGGAAAGGAACCCUAAAGAGGACGAGAAUCCUGAUGUGAUGGUGAAGUCCUGCAACCCCGUGGUGUUUAGCUUCUAUAACUACUUAAGAACACAUCCUUUAAUCAUUCGGCGCCACUUUGCUAAUCCAGAGGGUCCAGCAACAAGUGUGGGCCUGACCGCAGAGAAAAACAGCGCCGAUGAGAUCAACCUCAUCGAGCGCAAACUCUUCUUCACUACUGCCAACGCACACUUCAAG